AUGACGAGGUGCUUGCCUGUCCUGAACACUGCCAACGGAAUCGCUGUCAGGAAGGUAACUCUCCCCAUCUGGAGGGAACAUUUCAACGCCUUGCUGAACCGGCAGACUCCAUCAGCUCCCGAUCUCAAGCGCUUUUGUAGACCGACAUAUGCAGUUAACGAGAAAACACCGACCGAGUUGGAGGCUCUGUUCUGUAUCCAAAAAAUGAAGGAUGGAAAAUUUGGCAGAGACGAUGCAAUUAGCGAAUCAUGCCGCACCGAGUAUUAG